UUCAGUUUUCAAAUCGUCGUCGACGGCGACAAGUCGUCAAGCGCGUCGCGCAAUCAGCAACAAAUAAAAAAAAUUAAAAAAAAUCUAAGAAAAAAACGACAAAAACGAAAAACCAAAGAGAGUUUAUAAAGUGUUGUUUUCUUGGCACUCGCACACAGACAACACAAACGGCAGAAGCUUCAAAUAAACAACAAACAAAAAACACUGAGACGUGCACAACACUAACAAAACGAUGAGUGAUACAACUUCCGAAGGGUCAACUGUGCCGUUGGCUGAGUUUAUUGUGCCACCGGAUCCAGACCAAGAUAUACCCAUUGUGCCGCUGGCACAAUUAGCCGACAUGAGUGAAGUGUCGCCAUUGCCAGCGACGGCAAAUGGAACCACCACAGCCACAACAACGACUGCAACAACAACAACGGUGGCAAAAGCACGCACCAGCGAUGACAACAGCAUAUUCUCUGUGUUGUAUUCGGUGAGCAAAAAGAUCGCAAUUGUGGGCUCCAUUUAUAUGGUCGGCUAUAUGGGUUGGUCCGUCGCCUGGCUGAUUGCACCCGUCAUUCUGUCUGUGACCCGCGAUCAGCUCGCCGCGUCAGCGCCUCGGCAUGAGCUGCCCGCCUGGGUUUAUUUCCCGGAUGUGGAGCGUGCCGAGUGGCUGAAUAAGACAACAACAACAACGGGUUUACUGGCAAAAGCACGCACCAGCGAUGACAACAGCAUAUUCUCGGUGUUGUAUUCGGUGAGCAAAAAGAUCGCAAUUGUGGGCUCCAUUUAUAUGGUCGGCUAUAUGGGUUGGUCCGUCGCCUGGCUGAUUGCACCCGUCAUUCUGUCUGUGACCCGCGAUCAGCUCGCCAAGGCGUCGGAGAAGAAACGUGACAUUGCAAAAUAGGCCUCGGCCUUGGCCUCCGAUCUGCAACGACUCUUCUGUCGCAUCGAUGAGCUGCCCGCCUGGGUUUAUUUCCCGGAUAUACUGAAAACCGAGUGGCUGAAUAAGAUCUUGAAGCAAGUCUGGCCGAAUGCAAAUCAUUUUGCCCGCACCCUGGUCAAGGAGACAAUCGAACCGAAUGUGGCGCUCGCUUUAUCGCAAUACAAGAUGAAUGGCUUUCGCUUCGAUCGCAUCAUCUUGGGCACGAUUCCGCCACGCAUUGGUGGCGUCAAGAUCUACGAUAAGAACGUGGACCGGAACGAGAUUAUCAUGGAUCUGGACUUGUUCUAUGCCAGCGAUUGUGACAUCAAUUUCUAUUUGGGUGGCAUGAAGGGUGGCAUCAAGGACUUCCAAAUACACGGCUGGGUGCGUGUGGUGAUGAAGCCAUUGAUUCGCUCUAUGCCGCUGGUUGGUGGACUGCAGAUCUUUUUCCUCAACAAUCCCAAUAUCGAUUUUAAUCUGGUGGGAGUGAUUGAUUUUAUGGACAUGCCUGGUUUGUCCGAUCUAUUGCGUCGCAUCAUUGUGGAGCAGAUUGGCAAUGUGAUGGUGUUGCCCAACAAAUUGCCCAUUUCGCUCAGCGACGAGGUGCCCGCUGUGGCACUCAAGAUGCCCGAGCCAGAGGGUCUGCUGCGCAUUCAUGUGGUCGAGGCCAAAAACCUGAUGAAGAAAGACAUCAGUGUGCUGGGUAAGGGCAAAUCUGAUCCAUAUGCCAUUAUCAAUGUGGGCGCCCAGGAGUUUAGAACACAAAUCAUUGAUAAUAAUGUGAAUCCCAAGUGGGAUUAUUGGUGCGAGGCUGUGGUUGAGGUCUCACAACGUGCCAUACUGGUGCUUAGACUCUUUGAUUGGGAUCGCACAAGUGAUGACGAGUCGCUCGGCAGAGCCUCCAUCGAUAUAUCCAGCGUCAUCAAAAAGGGCGUGCUCGAUACUUGGCUUCCAUUGGAAGAGGCCAAGCAUGGCGAUCUCCAUGUGCGUUUGCAAUGGUAUAAGCUAACAGCCGAUCCCAAUGAUCUGCAACAGAUUCUUUUGGAAACUCAAUUGCUGCGCGUGACAACCAUGAGCUCUGCUGUGCUCAGCGUUUUCAUCGACUCCGCCAGACAUCUGAAGCAAGCACGUGCCAACUCCAAACCUGAUCCCUACCUCGUUUGCAGCGUCAACAAGCAGAAGAAGCAAACUGCAAUGAUUUUGCGUGAUGAUUCGCCUGUUUGGGAGCAAGGAUUCACUUUCCUCGUAACAAACCCUGACAACGAGUGUUUGAAUGUUAAGAUCUAUGAUCAGAAGACUGGCAAUGAUAUCGGUCAAUACACUUAUACUCUGAGCACACUUCUUCGACAGUUCAACAUGGAAGUCAUUCAGCAACCCUUCCAGUUGCAAAAGUCUGGACCUGAAUCGAAGCUAUAUAUGUCACUAUCUCUGCGCAUUAUGAAAGCCGGUGAGAUUGAGGAGUCAGAUACUCUGGAACAAGCUGCCGCCUUGGCACGCAGCGCUUCCGUCAAGACACCCGAAGCCACGGUGACUCCUCCAGCUGUUAAGGAUACUCAAGCCAUCAACAAGCGCCUCUCCGCAGAGUCACCCAUUAUCGAGGAAGAACCCACUAAAGUAACACCAGUUAUUUCAGCCUCCGCUUCGAUGGAGAAACCCAUCAGUGAAGUGGUCAGCCAAGUGCUAACCCAUCGCGUACCCGAAACGACUUCAUCGGCUGGCGAACAUGGUCUAGGUCGCAUUCAGCUCUCUCUCACGUACUCAGCACAACGGCAAAAACUCGACGUGAUCAUACACAAAAUAAGUCAUAUACCUCUGCGCGAUCCCAGCAGCAUACCUGAUCCAUAUGUUAAACUGUAUUUGCUACCUGGCCGCAGCAAGGAGUCGAAGCGCAAGACCAGCGUCAUCAAGGACAACUGCAAUCCCACUUAUGAUGCGUCCUUCGAGUACCUCAUUUCAAUUGCCGAGCUGCGACACACCGAGCUCGAGGUCACUGUCUGCACACAAAAGGGUUUUCUAUCCAGUGGCAGUCCCAUCAUUGGCAUGCUCAAGAUACCUUUGGAUGACAGUGAUAUAACUACGCCGGCUGGUCUGAAGUCCUGGUUCGAUCUACAACCAGAGCUAAAGCACGAGUAAUGUCGCGAGCGUGGACAGCGGGAAAUCUGAAUCUCGAACAGCACAAUCAUACUGAACACUAAACACUUUUUUACAAGCUGCACUCAAUUUUUUGUAUUUGUUAUGUGUAUAAAUUGUAUUUAUAAUUCCUAUUGAGAAACCCUGAUUGGUCAUAACCAAAAACUCUAUUAGUCGUGCCUCUAAAUCUUAACUCUCGAUUGUAGUCCAAAAAUAAAAAAAAACUUGUGUUUUCAACUUUAAAUUAAAAUACAUACAUAUCUCAUUUUAUUACCUUAUUGUAAAAAACCCCAUUAAGUCCUUAGCCAGUUAAAGAACCAUUUCGCGCUUAGUCGAUGCUCAAACCGAUUUGUAUUGUCUCAUACACAACUUAGAACAUAGAUGGCGCUGUCACGUAAUUCUUUGUUUUUCUUGUAAUUCCCAAGUGUUUAUUUUCGGGGAUGAUGAUUUAUAUAGGGCGCUUGUUGAGCUACAUUCGUUCUUGCUUCGGCAGAACAUAUACUAAAAUUGGAACGAUACAGAGAAGAUUAGCAUGGCCCCUGCGCAAGGAUGACACGCAAAAUCGUGAAGCGUUCCACAUUUUUU